UGGGCUAAGACGGGUUCAGAGUGAUGUAUGAAAGACGUAUCUGUCAGUUGAUAUCCACAGGCUAACGCGUAAUGGGGUGAUACAAAAUCGUGCUGAAACACUGAUGUUAGACCCCAGUGGCAUACCAAUUGAUCAUUACCAGCGGCCUGAGGCAACAUGGCUUACUGUCACGGUUGCUUUAUCGAAUGGCUGCUUAGAACAUAGUUCGAGCUAAGAAGAUGACAAUACUUCACCUCGCUUCUCGAAAGAAGGCGUUGCUGUUUGCUGUGAAUGCUAUAAACGUAAUUUUGACAUCGACUGCCCAGUCCUCAGAUUCGAACUUCAGUUUACUAGACGUUGCUAUCCAAGAUCCUACAAUGACACUGAAAGACAACAAUAGUGAGUGUUUGGAAGAAUGGUGUGAAUUGAGAAACUCUUCAACAAGUGACUUCUUAUGGCUGCGAGAUGACUUAUGGAUUGUUCCCCUUAUUGUUCUAUCGUCUUUAAAUGUCAUUGUAAUAAUUUGUUUUGAAGUUUAUGUGCUUUACAAGGUGCACGGAACGACAUCUAUUCGGAGACACCUAUUCCUUGGGCAGUUGUUACUUCUAGGUUUGUUCUUCUGUUCGAUCACAGGCUUUGCUUUCGUACCAAGAGCCCACUGGAUUACCUGCACUGUGAUUCGUAUUGGGUUGGGAUUAGCGUACACUUUAGUGUUCGCAACGCUACUGGUGAAACUUGUGUUCCUGCUCAGCCUUCACGCAGGUGUUUAUCUUCCAGCAUCCUACCAAGGGUUCUUACUUUUCUUUAUAUUAAUUGUACAGGUUGUAAUUGACGUACAAUGGCUUGUACAGCGCUCCACAACGGAUUUUAUAAGUCGAACUGCAAUCACCAAUUGUGACAGCAGCGUUUCCAAUAUACUGUUGACUCUUAUUUAUCCCAUGUUUUUAAUUUUCUCCAUCACGAUUCUGUCUAUUAAAGCCAGAGGAAACCACGAGAAUCACCGAGAAGCUUUGUUUAUUGGAAUCGCUAUUGGGUUCACAAUUCCCCUGUGGGUUAUUUGGCUUCUAUUCGCUUUGGCAACAGAACCAAGUUACCACGAUGCCUCGAUGGGAUUUGGAAUUGUCUUUAAUGCCACUAUAAUUUUCCUGGUAAUGUUCUUGCCGAAAGGACGUCAGUUAGCGGCUAUGGAACGGAGUGGUCUUUGUCCAGAGGAUCCUAACAUUUUAUCUUCACCCAAUCCUUCGAUCUACACGCCCUCUUUACUUCACAUCCAACCACCCAUCAUGUCGCUGAAGAAACAGAGCACAGUUUAUAAACCUGCAACCAUCACCACACCUACUACGCAAGAUCGAGUUUUAUACCUAUCGCCACCUCUUGGCCGAGUUUGGAAGUAUAGCUAUCCAGUAGUUCCACAUUUACCAGUCCCCCCUCUAGAAGACGCUUAUUUCUACCAAGGGGAGAGAAGAAAGACAUCAUUUAAUCCAAAUAUGAUAUUUUUCAGGGCACCUCUAUACUGAUGGGGUUGUGAACGGUAGGUUUCACAGACCCCCUAUCCGACAUCAUUAUUGUAUGGUAG